AUGGACCAGCGAGAGCUAGACAGCCAGCUAAAGACCUUACUCAAGGCAGUGGCUGAGAAGGAUGCAGCAAGCAAUGUUAUCUCUAUCCUAGAGAGACUGAAGAAGGAUGUGGUUCCUACGGAGGAGCUCCUCAGAGCUACUAAAGCUGGCAUGAUCGUAUCAAAGCAGAAAGGCCACGCAAACAAAGAUAUCGCAAGACUCGCUGCCGAAAUUGUCGCAAAGUGGAAGAAGAUCGUUCAGGCCGAGCAGUCUUUGUCUAAAAAGAAGAUAUCUGUCUCCUCCCCGCCAAAGGCUGGAUCUGCAUCAUCGCCGACGCCUGCAAAUGAAGCCAAAGGAUUCAUCGGCGACGCGGCGAAGCGACGUUGGGAGACCGAGAAGGUGGAUGUUAAACGCACCGGUAUCCCGUCUCGCGAUGCGUGCUUAGGUCUUAUGUAUAACGGCCUGGCGUAUAUGUCUGUUGACUCCUCCAGCCAUAUCAUUGUCAAAGCAAUCGAGGUUGAGCAGGCGGCAUUCGACGCCUUCAAAGGCGACAAUGCAGAAUACCGCGCCAAGCUUCGCUCCCUCUUCCAGAACUUAAAAAAUGCCGGCAAUCGCGAUCUAGGGCCUCGAGUCAUGUCUGGAGAGAUCACUGCCUCAAGAUUCGUUGUUAUGAGCCAUGAUGAAUUGAAGUCCGCUGAGCGGCGCAAGGAAGACGAGAAGCUCCACCUGGAGAACAUGAAGAAGGCGCAGACUCCGCAGAUCGAGAAGAGUGUUAGCGAUGCGCUGCAAUGUAGCAGGUGCAAGAUGAAGAAAGUCAGCUACAGCCAGGCUCAGACUCGAAGUGCUGAUGAACCGAUGACCACGUUUUGCGAGUGUACGAACUGCGGCCAUCGCUGGAAGUUCUCCUGA